AUGGGAAAUUUGCCAAGCGUACGUUUAAAACCUUCACGUCCUUUUAAACACAGUGGGGUUGACUAUGCAGGUCCCAUAACAAUAAAACAGUCUACUGCUCGUAACACUGUAACUACCAAAGGUUAUAUAUGCUUAUUUGUUUGUAUGGUGACAAAGGCUUUGCACCUGGAGGCAGUUACAAGUCUUUCUACAGAUGCUUUCAUGGCUGCGUUCCGACGUUUUGUUUCUCGUCGUGGUGUGUGUACUGAUCUGUAUUCUGACUGCGGUACAAAUUUUAUUGGCGCAAGUAAGGAGCUUCAAAUUUUGUACAACCGAAACAAAUCCUCAAUUCCGAAAGAAAUGCUUGAGAACCUCGCUUCGAAUGGAACCACAUGGCACUUCAUACCACCAGCAUCUCCAAAUUUUGGUGGCCUCUGGGAGGCUGGAGUGAAAUCUACAAAAUAUCAUUUGAAGAGGAUUAUGAUGAAUCGAGUACUCACGUUUGAAGAGCUGACAACACUUUUGGCCCAAAUCGAAUGUUGUUUAAAUUCUAGGCCACUUUGUCCACUAAGCUGUGAGCCCAGAGAUUGUAACGCUCUUACACCUGCUCAUUUUUUAAUUAGUGAACCCACGCUGUGCAUUCCAGAAGAGGAUUUACUUGAUGUUAACAUCGAUCGCCUCAGCAGAUGGAAAGUCGUUGAAAGUUUAAAACAACAUUUUUGGCGCCGUUGGGCUAAUGAAUGGUUAUCACGAUUACAAGCCAGACCAAAAUGGCUAAAGCUCAACAAAAAUGCUGAAAAGGGAGAUUUGGUGAUAGUUUUUGAUGAAAGAUGUUCUCCUGGUGAAUGGCCGCUGGCUCGAGUUCAAGACGUACAUCCAGGCAAAGAUGGUUGUGUAAGGGUGGUAACACUAUUUUCAAAUGGCAAAACUUAUAAACGACCAAUUUCUAAAAUUGCCUUUUUGCCAACAAAUGAGUGUUUUGAGUCUACAGAGAGCGAUCUAUCUUCAAAACCAAAAGAAGCUUCCAUGGAUUAA